AUGAUACUGGAAACCCUGAAUCUGAUGCAUUACAAUAUCACCAGCGUGGUGCCAGAAGUGAUGCCAACUGCCACCGUGCCCAUACUCCUCCUCAUGUGCUUUCUUUUCCUAAUCUGGAAUUUUGAAGAAACAUCAUCAAUACCAGGGCCUGGUUUCUGUAUGGGAAUUGGUCCCCUCAUUUCACAUGGGAGAUUCCUUUGGAUGGGAGUGGGCAAAGCCUGCAACUAUUACAAUAAGAUGUAUGGAGAAUUUAUGAGAGUCUGGAUCAGUGGAGAGGAAACACUCAUUAUUAGCAAAUCCUCCAGUAUCUUCCAUGUAAUGAAACAUGGGCAAUAUAUCUGUAGAUUUGGAAGCAAGCUUGGGUUACAGUGCAUUGGCAUGCAUGAAAAUGGUAUUAUAUUUAAUAAUAACCCAGCACUCUGGAAAGAAAUUCGACCUUUUUUCACCAAAGCUUUGUCUGGUCCAGGUCUCAUGCGUAUGAUAGCAAUUUGUGUUGAAUCAACGAAAGACCAUCUGGACAGAUUGAAGGAUGUGACUGCUGGACUGGGAAACAUCAAUGUGCUGAAUUUUAUGAGACAGAUCACACUGGACACUUCUAACACACUCUUUCUAGGGAUCCCUUUGGAUGAAAAUGCCAUUGUGCUUAAAAUUCAGAACUACUUUGAUGCUUGGCAAGCACUUUUGCUGAAACCUGACAUCUUCUUUAAGAUUUCUUGGCUGUACAAGAAAUAUGAAAAGUCAGCGAAGGAUUUGAAAGAAGCAAUUGAAGUCUUAAUAGAACAGAAACGACAGAGACUUUCCACUGUUGAAAAAUUGGAAGAGCACAUGGACUUUGCAUCACAACUGAUUUUUGCACAGAGCCGUGGAGAACUGACUGGUGAGAAUGUGAACCAGUGUGUGUUGGAGAUGAUGAUAGCUGCACCUGACACACUGUCUGUGACUCUCUUCUUCAUGCUAGUACUGAUUGCAGAGCACCCUAAAGUGGAAGAGGAUAUGAUGAAGGAAAUCCAAGCUGUUAUAGGUGACAGAGACGUACAGAGCAAUGACAUGUCGAACUUAAAGGUUGUGGAGAAUUUUAUUAAUGAGAGUAUGAGAUACCAGCCAGUUGUGGAUUUGGUCAUGCGCAAGGCUUUACAAGAUGAUGUAAUUGAUGGCUAUCCUGUGAAAAGGGGGACAAACAUCAUUCUGAACAUCGGACGUAUGCAUAAGCUUGAAUUCUUCCCAAAGCCUAAUGAGUUUUCUCUCGAAAAUUUUGAGAAGAAUGUUCCUUCUCGCUACUUUCAGCCAUUUGGAUUUGGCCCUCGUGGCUGUGCCGGAAAGUUUAUUGCCAUGGUAAUGAUGAAGGCAAUCCUGGUGACUCUUCUGAGACGGUAUAGAGUACAGACACCAAAAGGAAGAGGCCUUAAGAACAUCCAGAAAAGCAAUGACUUAUCCAUGCACCCGAAUGAAAGUCAGCCCUUCUUGGAGAUGUUUUUCAUGCCAAGAAGAAACAUAGACAAGUGUCAGGAUGACUAA